CAGGAACGCUUUGCGGCAGGCGAUGUCAUUGAGUCGCGCAUGCCGAGGAGAAAGCUAAAGCUAUGGUGACGAAUUUAAAAUUGAAAAGGCGUAACCGUAGGGAUGUUAAGCACAAGCCAGCGCGACGAGGCUGACCGAACUGUCUUCGUGGGCAAUCUGGAGAGCAGAGUAAAAGAAGAAAUCCUCUUCGAGCUCUUCCUCCAGGCUGGACCCCUGACCAGAGUUGCCAUUCCAAAAGAUAAAGAUGGGAGACAGAAGUCAUACGGCUUUGUAUGCUUCAAACACAAGGAGGCUGUGCCGUACGCCAUCGCUCUGCUCAACGGUAUUCACCUGUAUGGAAGGCCCAUCAAGCUCCACUACAAAUUUGGGAGCUCUCACAUAAAUGAGGCAGGCAGUCCUUACGCGAGCUCAGACAGCAGUCCUUAUCGACCUCCCUCAGGUGGGCCCAGGGCUGAUGGUCAUCACGGGUCUCCUCAGGUCUGUCCUUCUCCCUGGGUGGUCAGCACAGGGGUGUCACAGGAGAAUCCCUGUUGGCCCAAUGCGGUACCUCCGUUUCCAGCCCUGCAGUUUCCCUUUGAUGUCUGUGCAGCUCAACAUCAGUUUUAUUUUCAUAAUGCAGCGAGUUACCAGACGCCUCCAGCGCCUCUUCCUGGUUGUCAGAGUGCGACUCCGCACCUUCCAGUCGGACCAGCAUACUGGAAUUGGGAGCAUCAGCUGACCCAGGAGUACCCAGGAGUAGCACGGGGAGCAGGAAGACACCAGCAGAGUGACACAGACAGUGACGAAAACCGAGAGAAAAGGGGGAAAAGGAGUCACCUGACCAGGCACGAGCACCGGAGGAGGCGCAAAAGUCAAACGCGAGGUGACAAAAGCUGAAGGGAACGCGCGCGGCGGAUUGGCUUGAUGGCGGUGGCGGCUGCUUCUGCUGCUUCUUCUUCCUGCACUUUAUGUCAAAUGAGGAGAGUAAAGCAAAAGGAAGUUCACAGACGUGAAGAUCCCGAAUGUCUGAGUCAUUUGACAGCCCGUUACCUGCUGAUCUACCGCCAGCGGUAGAUGAUUGAGUGACACGACGUUACGUUACGGGAUACCAGUAGGGUGGCACAGCAGUUAGCACCAACAUUCCAGAUUCACAUCCCCACUGGUGGGCAGUUUGCAUGUGCUCCUCGUGUCUCUGGAGGCUUUCCUAUCUGCCCUUGAGUUUUUACCCCAAACCUCAAAUGCUCGCAUGUUAGAUGAACUGGCAGUUCUAAAGUGUGCCCGUGUGGUCCACUGGCGGCCUUUCCAGGGUCGGUGCAGCUGGAAUUGGCACCAGCUUACUUUGAAUGGAUGGGUGACUGUGGCUCAUCUGACCCAAAUAAUUGAGAAUGUGACAGAAACCCACACAGCGCGCCGCUGGCUUCUCGUUUAGUUUUGGACUAGUUGGCUGCCACCCAGUGGCGUAGACAGGAAUUACUUUUAGGGCAGUGAACCAGAAUUCUGUCUGUGAUCAAUCAGGUGGGACUGUCAUACAGUAUAUGUUGGGGUUCAGACCUGAACAUUUGGCAUGAUAGACCACAAUAAAAUCCACAUCAUACACAUUAGUGGGGGACAAGCACAACACUGGUAGCCCACCCCAGCCGUGACUUUGCAGCUGUCCUUUCCUGGUGUGCGUCUCCGUCAGAUGAAGCCGAGCAAUGUAAGUGGCAGUCACCACAGGGGACAUGCAGUGCCAUCUGCUCAGAACUCUCCUGCCAGGCUUGUCCCUGUCUGUUGGGUGCCGUUAGUACUGCAGUUGCCGUGGUUGUUAUCAUAAUUCUCAAAGUGGGCAUCAAACUAAAAGAACGCCAAAGUCCAUGGCACGGUCUGCAUGUGACCAGAAGUGACACCGGUGGUCUUUUGUUUUUUUUAAUUAAACCCAGAAUGACAGGCAGA